CAUUCACAUCUCAAAGAUAUAAACAGGCAAUUGCACACUGUAGAGACCAUUGUUCAUCUCAUCACUUUGAUUAUAUCUAAACAUGGGCAAAACGCUUGCUGUCUUGAUUCUUCUGCUCAUGAUCUGCCAUGAAAAUGCAAAUGCAGAGCACGGAAAUCAUGAUAAUCUCAAGCAGGUGGUGACCCAGUUGCAGUUCUACAUGCAUGAUGUAGUUUUAGGAAAGAAUGCCACAGCAGUUCAGGUGGCUCCACAGAAUCCUGUGAAUUCUUCUGCUGGGGUUCCUUCUUUUGGCCCAGUGUAUGUGAUUGAUGAUCCUCUGACUGAGACUCCUCACCCCAAAUCAAAGCUGGUGGGCAGAGCACAGGGGUUGUAUGCCAUGUCAUCAAAGGGGGAAUUGGGUCUUCUCAUGGCACUUACUUAUUCAUGGGAGAGAGGGAAGUAUAAGGAUAGUUCCAUUAGUGUUGUGGGAAAGAAUAUGGUGUUGAGAAAGCAGAGGGAGCUGCCAAUUGUGGGAGGAACAGGGGUUUUUCGAAUGGCUAGAGGCUAUGCAUUUGCUCAUACAUUUUCCAGUAAUGGACCAGAUGCCAUUAUUGGGUACAAUGUAACUAUUUUUCACUAUUGAGGACCAGAGAUGCUCUGAUAUUGUUUUGGGAUUAUCUAUUUAUUCAUUUAUUUGCCUGUGAUUUCUAUCUGCUAUGGUUUUUGUAAUGUAGUUUUUAAGUAGGAGAUUAUAAGGGUGGAUAUAGGCCAUGCAUUGGCAAUCAACAGAGGUUAUUACCUACAACUCCAUUGUCUACCACUGUUUCAGUGAUGAAUUAAUAAUAUAUUUAUACAUUGUUAAGUAAUUUUUCGAUAA